UCCCGCAGAGAGGCUGACAAAUUGAUUGAGGCUGGCCGUGUGAGCGUGAAUGACAUCCCUGUAAAAAGCAAGGGGGGUUUCAAAGUCGUUCCCUUUCAUGACAAGAUAACUCUUGACGGUAUACCCGUAACAGGAACGUCUGACGCAACGAUAAAUUUUGAUUAUGUGAAGUACUGGAAGCCUGUGGGCGUCACCUGCACGACGGAUCGGAAAAUAGCUGGAAAUAUCAUUGAUGCUCUCGAAGAAGCCGGCUUUGAUUCAUCCAAGCGUAUAUUUCCGGUGGGCCGGCUCGACAAAGAAACGUCCGGUUUAAUACUGUUGACUAGUGAUGGGCGUGUUCCGAAUGCGGUUCUUCGAGGUCGGCACAAGCAACCCAAAAUUUACCAAGUGUGGGUAGAUCGACCAGUGCUAGCGAAAGAUGUUGCUCAAUUACGGGACGGGGUCAUCAUUACGACUGUCGCGCAACGGGACGGCAAUCGUGCAGAGCCGCUCACAGCUCGAACAAAAUCAUGUGCAGUUCAAGUUUUGGGAAGAGAAAAAUUGCAACUGACACUAGUGGAAGGUCGCAAUCGACAAAUUCGAAAAAUGUUGGGUGCUCUCAACUACACUGUCAAGAGGCUUCACCGAGUGCAGUUCAUGGAAUUGACCCUG